AUGGCGCAGACUGGGACGUUACUGGAAUUUUUGUACCCAAGCGGUACCAUGAAUAUCCUGCGGCAGUACUCGGGCUGGGGAGCUGAUAGUCAAGGUGGAAGGUUGGUCAGGAACAAUCUGGACAGAAUUGGCUACCGACAAUACUCUUCAUUUGCGAAAGAUUCCAAUACAGACAUGACAGAAACCGCUGCUGAGACUGAAGCUGUCGCAGAUAAUGUCCUGUCAGCUGCCGACAAUGCUAGCAUGAAGAGGCUUUACGAAAGACUGGGUCUUGAAAAGAACUAUGACUUUGAAGAAGCCUGGCGACAAUAUUCUUUGCUGGAACUUGAAUCAGAGCAGGGUCCUCUCCGUAUGCAGCUGAUACGAUACCUCUCGCCUUCGGAGCGUAUCGUCGAUGCAGAGCGGAUAAUAAAGCUGUUCGAGCUGUUGGAUCCCGAAGAGAGGACUCCUAUAGCCUAUAGGCUCACGAUACGAUCUUACCUUAGAUUGAGAAAUCUUGCGGACGCGAUGACCUUGCAUGAGACUGGCUUGAAAACUCUGGCUAUCCCAGCAGGAUCAGAGGAACUUCUUGCAUAUCUAGUGAAGAAUUCCUCCUGGUCACGAGCGUUCUCCAUUUGGCAACAAGUUCAGGAUUUCAGAGAUCGUCCAGGAGUCAAGGUUAGCUACAAUAUCUUCGAAGUGCUCGACCAAGACCCCUCCCUCUCUAGUCAGGCACUUGAUCUAGCAGAAUAUGCAAACAGAAGAAUCGGCAAUGCUCCUCCCGAAAAAUCAGAGGAAUUUUUGAGUCUCAUAAAUUUUGCGUCCAGGAUUGUCCGACGAGCUCUGCUAAACUCUCAAACGUUUAAUCCGAACAAAUUCAUGGCUCUUUUGAUUGUCCUCCAAAACUGGAAGCUGGCUACUCCUAUGCUCUACGACCAAGCUAUCGACUUGCUGAUCAAUCUCCAAGAGACGAAGCUUGCGGUCAGGUGUUAUCGACAGGCUCGGAAAGAAAACGACGUCAACUGGAAUCGUCCGACUCUGCACAAAUUACUCAAGAUAUUCUGCGUCCAUCACAGUAUCAUCGGCAUGCAAGCUGUCCUGGACGAUUUUUUUCGGAUCUACUCGAGCCCCACUCGCUUGGCCUACAAGAUGUGCAUGAGUGAAUUUGCCGCCCAAGGCGAUGCCCAGACUGUUCAUGCUCUCUUUGACCAAUUGUGUGAGAAAUCAGCGGAGAAGAAGAAGCUUAAUCCGAAGACGAAGACGCUUCUGCAAGUCGACGACCUGGCACCAGUCCUUCAUGUGCACGCCAAACGUGGUGAGGUGCAAGAGGUGGUCAGAUUCUUUCGAUCAAUCAAAAGUGUCUAUGGUUUUGAACCAAGUCUCCUGUGCUGGAACAUCUUGAUCAGUGCCUACGGCAAGAUUCGCGAUACGGACCGCGCAUAUGCAUGCUUUGAGAAGCUACUCGAUGAUGAGACACUUCAACCAGAUGACUAUACAUUCGGCACAAUGAUGGGUAUCUGUACAACUCGGGGUGAUGUGGACCGUGUCAUCGGACUGUAUAAACUCGCUGAGCAAUUGCAAGUACAAAGAAGUGCUGCAAUGAUUGAUACCUUAGUGCUGUCCCACAUUCGAGAUGGUGAUAUCGACAAAGCUGAAACCAUUUGCGAAGAAGCGGCCGGAAUGGAGCUGAAAGGAUCCCGGACACGAAUGUGGAACCAACUUCUCGUCGCGUAUGCUAUGCAGCGAGAUCUGGUCACCGUGAACCGAUUGCUGCAACGCAUGUCACAAUUAGGUGUCGACUACGACGGAUACACAUAUUCGGCCUUGAUGCAAGCUUUAUGUGUGGUCAGGCAACCCGACCGAGCCUAUAGCAUUCUGACAAAUGUCAUGCCGCAGGCUGGAAUCAGUUCAACCCCCUUUCACUACGCCAUUGUCAUGGGAGGAUUUCUUGCAACAGGUGAACUUCACAAAGUUUUUGACCUCUCGAAUAGAAUGGUCAAGCGCAAGAUGAGAGCCAGUGCAAGUUCAAAGCUGUUCGAAUUGCAAGCUCAGGUCGUUGAGGAUGAACGGUUGAUGGAGGAAGGGCAAGCGUCAGAAAUGAUCGGCCGGGCAUUGGAAAUGUUUCAGGGAGCAAUUGCCGCAAUAGAUCCCCAGGACAUUUCAGACACCACUAGAAAAGGCGCUGGGAAUGUGCCGGUGGAUAUUGCGUACCCGACAAUGUUCUACCGCUACAUCAUAUUCGUUGUUGGUCAAUACUCCGAAUUUUCAACCGUCGAUAAGCUUUACGAUGCGUUCAAGAGAAUUCUCCCAGGAUACCGUCAAACCGUCCCACUCGAAAUUCUAUACCCCAUGAUGGAAGCAAAGUUGGUGGAGAGGGACCAUGACGCUAUUCAGCGAUUCUGGGAACUCGCAUUGGCCCAGGCGAAAGGGGCUGGUACACCCCUAGUCAACUCCGGCAACUUGCCAGAAGACCAUCUGACCGAGGUUCGAUCUGAAAAGAUUCUUCCAGCACGGCAGCUAGAUCUAGUAAGGCAUCUCACAGUCUACCUAAAAUCGCUUAAUAUCCAGAUGAAGUCCGACGUCAUGACGCAAACAGUGAACGGCUUACUGGAAGAUGGUUUUCUCUUGGACAACCAUAACUGGAACUCCUACAUCGAGCUCCUGGCCCGUAGACACGCAUACAAACUCGCAUUCGAACUUUGUGAGACUCACUUGAUGGACGGCUGGACUGGCUGGGCUCGAAUACGAUGGUCUCUUCCAGAGCGAAACCGUCUGCCCCUCGACCUGCGUAACACGAGGAAGAAACCUAGACAUCUGCGACCGAAGUACCUCACCAUCCUGUAUCUUGCACGAGGAUACCUCGAGCUUCAGUCGAUGGCUGCAGAGUCGACGGCUGACGAAACGCUCCUCAAUUAUCUGGAGACUAAUUGCCCGAGGGUUGUGAGAGCCAUCACGACGAUGCAACGAGUCGACGAUUACCUUGAGCGGACUGUACUUAGAAAUUUUUGA